CCCCCCCCCCCCCCCCAAAAAAAAAUCUGGAAUCUGUAUUUCUACAAUUUCUCCGCUCCUUUUUUUUUUCCUGCUUGAAUCUCAACAGCCACGUCAUCAUCAGCACACAGGCUUUUCGUAGCGGGACGCGUCACACCACGGAUUGACGUCUAUGUAGACAGUGGAUGUAGACCAAUGCCAUCUCAUUCACAUAAUGUGCCUGCUCGCCUGGUGAUCGUUUCUCUUUUUUUCCCCCCAGACCUGAAAGUGUGAAUUUGGAACGUGGCCCAAUAUAUUCCGGGGGCAUAUUUGAGCAGCUCAGAGGAGCCAGCGAAGCACAGGUGCCAGCUUUUGUCCUGCCUCGUGCAAUCUUAAACUCUGCUUUUAAUGGGAACCGCUGGGAGGCCGCACUAAAGUCAAAUGCGGUGGUUUCCUCACAUUGUGUCACGAAUGAACUAAUCUCUUUUUUCUUUCUUUUUACUGUUGUUUGAAAAUUAUAGAUGGAAUGUCAUUGGACUCUCAUUCAAGUCACAGAGGCUGACGUAGUUUUCUCUCAGCUUUCUGUUCCCGGUGGGAUUUCCACUCCAAAUUAAUGAUUCAAAUUUAUCAGUUAAGAAUUAUCUGGUUGAGCAGCAGCUUUAAACUGAAGUAUGAUGAAGUUUUGAAUCAUCUUAGACAGCACUUGAGGCUAAUAGCUUUUAGGAAAUAUAGACCUUAUAUACUCUAUGUUCAAGGGUGGUGUUGUGUGUACUUCAAACAACCCGCACAAUCAGUUUCACAAACUGGAAUGAAAAUCUUUAUUUGUCGCCUUCCUUCCUUUUAUGAAUAAAACACUUUGAGUUUCAUUCCAUCUUGUAGUUUAUGAUCAGCAGUUGAACAAAUGUUUUUGUUUUUUUCCCCCCAGUUUCCAGCUGUUAUUUCUGCUCUAGCGGCUCCAAGCUGCAAUAAACAUUGUGCUGUUGAACCUCAGUUUUCCCAACCAUCGUUUAACUGUUGCCUUUGGAUUUUGGUAAAUGUAUUUACAGGCCCUGUUUGUCUGCACCGUAAAAAGACAGCUCUCCCGUUCUGCUGACUCCGUCUGAGUGGGCGUCCACCUGAGAACUGCAGCAUCUGUGGUUUGAGUGUCCUUUUGUUUUAAAUCGUUUGAAUAUUUACGAAGCUCUCUCGUCCUAUUAGGAACACGGAAUGACAUAUUAUCCCUUUUGAGAAAAGCAGCCACAAGAGACCACUCGUUAUACUGAAGUCCGUGGGCUGUUUUUACAUAUUUUUGUCAAACAAUAAAAUGUCUCAUUAGUUCAAUCACUAAUCAGUAUAUAUAAUGAUUUUUUUUUUUGUGAGUCUCUGUGAACCGAUGUUCUCCACGGAUUAAAAAUAAUGAAAGGGUGGUAAAGCUUUGAAAAGUUAUUGUUAUUGUAUAGAAAAUAGUUGAUUCUCAUCUGCAGUGUUUAGCAUGUCCUUCCGCCCGCAGUGUGCCGCCGCCGCCUCCUCCUCCCAACCUCCCUCCCUCUGGUGUGUGUAGACGGUUGAACAGUGAAAUCCAUUUAAUCCUGGAGCGAAACAUUGUUUUGUAAACGUUACCACUGAUGAAUUCAAGAAAGAAUGGAGCAGUUCCUCUCAAGGCUCGACUACAGCACCUGACUCACCAAAGCUGCUCACAGAGAAGAGAGGUGGCUUGACGAUGGGUGGCUGUAUUGAGUAACGCUGCAGGGAUCAUGUCUGAAGCAAGGCUGCCCUCGUCUGGAUGAUACUUUCAGUGCAGCCUGCCGCCCACAGCACACUGACAUGAGCAAUGACCUCAUGCAAACCUUUGAACUUGAGUAUAUAUAAUUUGAAGGGCACAUUAAUAGUCUUGGCACCACCGGCAGUCCCGCUGCAUCCAAUCGGGUCCCCGGUGUUCCUGCACCAUGUGAACGCAGGUUGGCCUAAUUGAAGUUCCUCUGCUCACAGCCGCUCACUCUCCAACGUGCCACGUUUCUGUAUUUAAAGGCGGCACCGGAGAAACAGCGGUGACAGAGUGUAAUUAACCUCUCUGCAGCUGACGGAUGUAACCAGGAGCAGAGGUGUAAAUCUGCCCCGGCGGAGGAGAGAAUGAAGCUCAUGCAACCACAGCAGCGGUGGAGCAGGAGGCCGGGGCUGGCUCCCGGAGACGAGACAAACUGUCGGGGCCAAAACUGUAAUUGGUCAGAGGGGGAACAUCUAAUUACGAAGAAACAGAUCCCCCCCCCCCCCCCCUUCCUCGGCCCCUCGCAGGUAGACGGAUACCGUGAGAUAUUUAUGUGCUGACGAUAUUUUGGAUUUGAAAUUGGGGGCUACUGAGGCAAAUGCCUCCGAAGAGUCGCCCUCUGCACAAAAAGAAGUUUUGCUUGUUUUGACUUUUGCCAAAUGUUUUGGUCCGGAGUUUGACGCCGGGAAACUGUUUUCACGUUUCAUCUGCUGAAAGGGAGUUUCUCAGUCUCUUGCAUAGAAGUGUAUUGGGUUUUUUUUUUAUCCUUCCUUUACAGGGAGCACUUGCAUCAUGCUGCAGCUGUGCGUUUAAAAUUCUGUACAUUCUUUUUUUUCCCCCUAACAUCCAUACAAGUUAUUAAAAUGACACUGUUCUUGAAGUGUACAGUGUAAAGCUCAGUUGGUAGUAUAAAAAGACUACUUUUUGUAAAAGACUAUAAAUAAAGACUGCUCGACCGCUCGAUCGAAGGAUGCUCCGGGGCCGGGCGAGCUGCGGCACCUGCCAAGUUUCAGAUCACAUCACUUCAUGUGUCUUUAAUCCCUCUGAGUUCAGAGCUGAGCCGGAUUAACUUUGUGCACCAGCUUUUAUUUUCACAUGUCACUCCUGCGUCCGGACAUUAGCUCAACCUGUGUUGUCUGCAGCUGGGAUCGGCUCCCAUCACCCCUGUGACCCUCAGAGGAUAAUGAAGGGGCCUGCGGCGGCCCUGACCUCGCCUUGAUUGACUUGAUCUCCCAAAGAAAAGCUCCCAUGACCUCAAAAAGCUCAAGGAAACAGGGGGAUGAAGACAGACAUGGCAGGGUAACAAUAGACACACACACACACACACAGUCAGCAUGUUGGAAUCAUAACUUCACAAUGACAUGGAGGCUUGAGGUUGAGCCACAUUUGACAAUUCUGAACUUCAUCUGAGAGAAAAGGAUGAAACACUCCUGGUUUCUGAUGUCUGCCUUUUUUUUUUAUCUUUUUUUUAAUGAAGACCAAUGCAUGAGAACUAGAAUGAUACUCGUUGUUAAGAGCUCAGCAACGCAAAACUCCCCCUUGAGAAUAUGAAUAGUAAAAGUGUCCAACUGAGGAGGGUCUUCUCGGCCUCUGCUCCAGUGGUGCAGUGAUUCGGAUGUCCAUGUCAGCAGUCAAUUAGCUGCGCUGGGUGUUGGACACCGGACAGGUUGUGCUGUUUCCAUGUGGGGGGGGUUAAAAGCCCCCCCCCCCGCCCCCGAAGACCACUGCUGGCCACCGCUGUACAGCCAAGUGGUCGGGGACAACACCUCGGAGGCAAACAAUUACACCAAGGUCAUGGAGAGGAGGAAUGUGCAGGGGUCCUGCAGCGCCGCGCUCCCCCUCGCAGACCUGUGCGCAUUUCAAAUGUUGGGCUUCGCUUGGAAAUGUAAGCUCCGGUUGUGUGAGUGAGAUAUUGAAAGUGUUUACCAGACAGUUAAAUGAGAAAAGGUUUUUUUCGGCAAACUUCAUAAAGUUUCGGUGGGCUGCUGCUGUCGCCGUUCAGUCGAAACUCGGACCUUUUACGCACCAGACAUGCGCAGAUCCACCAGGCCUGGCACUGUCCCCUCUCUCCAAUUCAAUGAAAUAAAAUUAUAAACAGUGCAAGCAAACUCUCUUACUAGCCCCUAGCACUUCCGUAUUCGGAAUUACAUUAAAAAAAACUAUUUUUUGUUUAUUCCAGCAGGAGGAUAUGAAUUUUAUUUUCUUCACAUUUCACUUGAAGUCAUUUAUUUUGAUUUUACAAGGUUAGUUAGAGAACUGACAUAAGUGGCCUGGUUUUUAUUUAACAUGGCAGAUACAUGUGCGUUUCUGCUGCGGGGGGAAGAGGUGGUGUGUGUGUGUGUGUGUGUAGGGGGGGGGGGGGGGGUCCUUCCACGAGUCACUUGUUGACACUAAACUCGCGGCACUUGUGAAGUGUUUAUUGCGAACGCAUUUCUUUUAGUAGGAACGUUCCCUCUUGUUUGGGUUUGACACUGUCCCGCAGAAAGUUCAGCGAGUUCAGACUUUGGUGACAAUCAGUGCGCAACAGCGUGUGAAUCAUACAGGCGAUUCUAUUGUUAUUCAAGCUGCCAGAGCCCUUAUUUAGUUCUCAUCGAGGCGCUGAUAAAGGGCUACUUCAAACACAAUGUUGUGAAAUUAAAGUUGAUAAAUCCCUGUCACUAAUAAGCGACGAGCCCCUAAUAACAGAGAGAUUUAAUUUUGCAUUAAAAGACAUAUAUUAUAUGACACAUAAUGUAUCUCAAAAACAAAUAUCAAGCAAAAUUGAAUACAUUUGGAGACUGUAAGCGAUCAGGACAAAUGUUCAUGCUGGUGACAUCCGGCACCUUUUCAAACUUCUGAAAUCAAAUGGCCUCAUAAGUCUCCUCUGUACUUCACGUGGGUCUUUGCUGUUUUGAUCAAAGUGUCUUGAAUUUCGCCGCGGUCGAGAUAAACUCCGGUGCGUAAUUACGCACGGGGUUAAUGCCACUGGCGUUGAUCACUGAACGUACCUGAGGUCCAAGCUCAGCUGCGUCGACAGUUAACAUGCAGUUUCGAUGCCCAUUGAUACGGAGAUUCGGUCCAAGGACUGCGUCGUUACGCGACAGAGGAGAGAGGUGUGACCAAUCCCGAAACUUUCCUUCGAUGGGGGCUACCUGUAGAGGCUCCGGGCGCCGCGCAUAAAUACGCCUCCUCCCUCCGAGGACGAGCUCAGUCCUCAGGGAGAGACACAGAGACCAAAAUUCGCUUUUUGGGGGGAACCUUGGCUAUAGCGCGGAUUAUGAACGCUUUUGGACACCAACCAUCGAACCAGCAGAGCAGCCCCAUUCAGCACCAAUGCGCCCAGGAGCUCCUGGACAUGGCCGUGUACUGCGACAACUACGGUGUGUACCAGCAGAACCUGCACCACCACCACCACCACCCCCAGAGGCCGCCGACGCACCCCCCCGGGUACGGCCUCGGGGAGUACACGUCCCCCUCCGCGAACCCGUACCUGUGGCUGAACGGAGCCGGCAUCAACUCGUCGCCCUAUCUCCCCGGGAACAGUGGCGCGUCCUACCUCCAGUCCGGAUACGGCUCCAACCAGAGGCAGUUCCUGCCGCCGCCCAGCGGCUUCGGCGGCGCGGACCUGGGCUGGUUGUCCAUCUCCAGCCAGCAGGAGCUCUUCAAGAUGGUGCGGCCGCCGUACUCCUACUCGGCGCUGAUCGCCAUGGCCAUCCAGAACACCCAGGACAAGAAGUUGACCCUGAGUCAGAUCUACCAGUACGUGGCUGACAACUUCCCCUUCUACAAGAAGAGCAAGGCCGGGUGGCAGAACUCGAUCCGCCACAACUUGUCGCUGAACGACUGUUUCAAGAAGGUGGCGCGGGACGAGGACGACCCCGGCAAAGGGAACUACUGGACACUGGACCCCAACUGCGAGAAGAUGUUCGACAACGGCAACUUCAGGCGGAAGAGAAAGAGGAGAGCGGACGUCGGCGCGCCGGACGGCGGCGCGCUGCCCGCCAAGUCCGACGACGCGGCGCACAAGCUCUCCGACACCGCCAGCCUGCUGAGCUCCUCCCCGCCCAGCCUGCACGGGUCCCCGGCCUCCACGGAGCCCAAGUCGUCGCCGCCCCCCUCCGCGGAGCACAGCCCGUGUUACGGCAACUUCGUGUCCAGUGUGAACUCGCUGCUGGCGGGCGGCGGCGGCUCCACCGAUGCGUCCCGGGGCGCGGAGCGCGACUACGGCGGCGCGCACCUCGGCGCUUUGCCCCAGAGCAGAGAGGGCCUGUCCGGCCUGGGCUCCUACUCGCCCACGUUAACGUCGCCGCUGAACUCUGACAGCAACAGAAUGAACUACUACACGUCCGUGCAGAGCCUCUCCAACCACUUCAGUGUGAACAACCUCAUAUACAGCCGGGAAGGAACGGAGGUGUAAGGGGCCUGAGCCGCUUCCACCGGGAAAGAAAAAAGUAAUUCAUCUCUCGUUGUUGACCUUCACAUUUCUUGUAUAUAGCCCAGUGUUGUCACCUCUCACUCACUGGUGUGGCAGGCCUCACUGUAACACUGCCACUGGGAUUAAACUGGUGCUUCUCCCACGGUAAUCCUCCUCUAUAUAUAUAUAUAUAUAUAUAUAUAUAUAUAUAUAUAUAUAUAUAUAUAUUUCAGUGUAUUAGAAAAAGUAAAAACUGCCACUGCUCCAUUACAGAACAAACAUGUUUAGUUUUAGAACAUGAUUCACUUCACACAGACAUGUGUCCUGUGAACUGACGGAUACAUGUACUUAUUUUAUUAUGAGACCUCCUGUAGCUGCUCAGUUGGGCCUCGACCACCCCUGUCAUAGAGAAGACCACGAAGAAGAAGACGCAUAUGUACAGAGAUUAUUUUCAUAAGGAGAAACUUGACGUGUAUUUUAGGCUGAUGUGUGUUCUGUGUUUUAUUUAAACUCGUGUCGAUGUUUGAAUAAAAGUCAU